UUCAGGGAAGAUUCGGGUAGGUGAGCAGGGCUGGGGCUGUGGUCCUGGGCCACUAUGAGCUGCACCAUCGAGAAGAUCCUGACAGACGCCAAGACGUUGCUGGAACGGCUGCGGGAGCACGACGCGGCCGCAGAGUCGCUAGUGGAUCAGUCCGCCGCGCUGCACCGGCGAGUGGCCGCUAUGCGGGAGGCGGGGACGGCGCUUCCGGACCAGGUCGGGCAGAGGUAUCAAGAAGAUGCAUCCGAUAUAAAGGACAUGUCCAAAUUCAAACCUCACAUUCUGCUGUCCCAAGAGAAUACACAGAUUAGAGACUUGCAGCAGGAAAACAGAGAGCUAUGGGUUUCCUUGGAGGAACACCAGGAUGCUUUGGAACUCAUCAUGAGCAAGUACCGGAAGCAGAUGUUACAAUUAAUGGUUGCUAAAAAGGCCGUGGAUGCUGAACCAGUCCUGAAAGCUCACCAGUCUCACUCUGCAGAAAUUGAGAGUCAGAUUGACAGAAUAUGUGAAAUGGGAGAAGUGAUGAGGAAAGCAGUUCAGGUGGAUGAUGACCAAUUUUGUAAAAUUCAGGAAAAACUAGCCCAAUUAGAGCUUGAAAAUAAGGAACUUCGAGAAUUACUGUCCAUCAGCAGUGAGUCUCUUCAGUUCAGGAAGGAAGACUCAAUUGACACUGCUUCCCAAGCCAUCAAAUAACUCAGCUUCUGAAUGACAGCUGGAGAUUGUUUAUCAAGGAAGGAAGUUAUUAUCUUUCGAGUAUUGUCCAUCUAGUGUCUUGCCCCAGACUUGAUUUAGUGUUGAUUAAAGGUAUCAGGUGGCAGUUUAGAAUUCGCAGUCAAAUUGGCUGUCCACAAACGGUUUUUGGGUAUGUUCGUGAAAAUACUGAGUUUCACCAUUCCUUUCUCUAAGAGACUACUUUUAAUUUUCAGUUCUGGGACCUCAAUUUAUAUAAACUGUUAUCGGUUCCUUUUUGUUUCUUCACAUCUCUCAAACUUAGAUCCUUUUAUUAUAAGCCAGCAAUUUUAUUUUAUAUAGGAUUAUAAAUUACAAUUCUAAAAAAUUUUUAAGAGAUUAGCUUUUUAAAUCUAUUUGGCAUAAACCUAGAUUUUUUUUUUCCAUUUGAGAAAAGUAAUACAAUUCCACACAACUAGAUUGGCAGAUUCUCUGAUUUGUACUGUCAUUCACCUCCUUUGAAGUUUUAAGUCUCUCUGGUGCUAAGAGUUGGCACUUUAUGACCUGGUGUCUUUACUCUUAAUUUGAGAGAACCUACUGUUAGUCCCCAAGAAACAUACUUGAAAAUAAGUAACAGUAGGGUCAUCAUAUUGUUCAAAGAAUCCUGAGAAAUUUGUUCUGUGUGUGUACACAUACACAUGUAUUCUUAAUUCAAAUGCUGAAAGUAGCUGUUACUCUAUUAGAUAUUAGUAGUCAAUUUUUCAGUAUUGUCCUCCUUGGAAAACUUCAACUUGGAUGGUUUACUCCGUUGAAGAGCAUAUAAUGGGUUUAUUCACAUCAUAGUUUUUAGGUACUACAUUCUAUUUAAUUUAUAUAUAACUUCUAUUUUAUAGUUAAGAACCAUCACUUACUUGGAUGUCUUUCAUUACUAGUACUGAUAGUUCGCUUUCUUUUUAGAUCCAUUUUUCAUGAGGAAGCAAAGUUUUAUCACCUAAUGAGAGUUACCACAUUUGUUGUGCUGUGUAGACAACAAAGCAGUGUUGAGAUUCAAAUGCUGAGCCGUCAACUAGGCUCACUCAUCAAUUCACUUGCCUAUCUCAGUUUAGUCACAUGCCAAAUUCACAAAUUACUUCAUGUUAUACUAUCCAUUUAGGUUUGCCCAAAAAUAAUUGAAAUAAUGAAUCCUAAACCUGUCCAUAUUUUCCAGUAGCACUAAGCACCAUACUGCAGAGGAGAGACACAGUAUUAAAAAGAGUUUGUUGUUAGUGCUUUUGUGUGAUAUAAAAUUUCUUUUGUACUGCCAUAAAGAAGUAACUCCAGUUAAAACAAUAAAACCUCACUAAGAUAUCCUGAAAGCAUCUGAUCCCACUAAUACUGAAAGGACUUGGCCUAUAGUCAUGAUCUUUAAUGAUUAGGUAUAUGUCAUUUAAGAAACUCAAAUUUCUAUUCAAAGUCCUGCAUAGAAUUUGAAAAAUACUUCCACCCCCACUGUAGGCAUUUUUAUUUUGUUUCCCAACAGUAAGUAAAACUUAAGUCCAGCCAUUUGGCUUGAACUAUAUGCCCUAAGUGCCACUGUGUGUCCCACGGUUCCACUCAGGAAGCAGGUACCCCUACAUGAUAUGUCCGCUGCCAUGGCCAGUUUUCAGUAAAAAUGAUAAAAGUCAUUAAAUGGCCCAUUAAAGUAUGACAUGGUGUCUAUCUACCUUAUGUUCCUUUAAAGUUGUUUAUAAAGUUGUUCACAUCUCAGAUACCAGGAUAAAUUUAUGUUAACUUUUCCCCCUGGCAAAUCAAAAGCAUGAAGUUUGAGUGAAAGAGCUCUCAGUGCCCUACAAAAUGUAAAUUCUGGCUGGUGUUAAUACAAAUACAUAAUUUCUAAUAAAAACAUUUUAAGAGUAAUAGUUAAUUUUACUCAGUAAUGAAUCUACUUAUUAGGAAAUACAAAGGUUUAUUUUUCACAUAUAUAGCAACCUGUCAAGUAGGGCUUUUCAUAAGUAUUUUGUAAUUAGCAUAAGGUAGUCAUCAGUAUAACUACAAAUAGCUGUUUCUUAAAUGGUUUUAGAGAUUUCCUCAUGAUUAAAAAUCAAAAUUAUACAAUUACAACUCAUAUUAUAAAAUUAAAACUGAGUUUGGAAGUACCUUAAAAAAUACUUAAAGAUUAUCCACUUUUACCUUAAUAAUACUUUACCUUUUAUUUUGACUUAUAGUAAUACAUUAUGCAUAAUUUGAUUCAAACAUUGAAGGUCUAUUUCAGUGUUCCCCAAAAUGGUUUGCUGGCUACUGAAAUAGAAAUUUGGGAAUGGGAUCUAGCAAUUUGUAUUUUAAUAAUUGUCCCAGGUAACUUCUAAGGAUACUAGUUUGAGAAUGUCUAAUCUACUAUGUACCAGACACUUCAUUCAGGAUUAUGAAUAGAAAAAAGGUGGGGGAAAGGCCUUGACACUUUUUGAAGAAAAAUUUGGUAGCGAAGACAGACAUAUAAUUACAGUGCAGUGAUACAUCCAAUAUGAGGAUGUAUAGAAGGGGCUAUACGGAGGAGAAAGCUUGGUGCUUUCUAGUUAUCAUAUAAUCUCCAUUUCAACUGUACCUCAUUUUACACAUACUCAGGCACAAGGAGAUUAUGCUAUAUGUCUAAACUAGAACCAAGAUUCUAACCCAGAGAGACUCUUAAACAUAUUCUUAACCACUAAGUUAAGAUGCCUUUAAAUGCCAAAUACUGGUUGGAGUUCAAGUGGUUCUUGAUUAGCAAAAUGUUUUUAGUAGUAGUGCAAAAGAAAUAACCACAGCCCAUAUACUAGAAAAUACGAAUUCAAUAAAUGGAGUCAUAACUAA